GCGGGCGCGGGCGCGCCGCCGUCCUUCGCGCCUUCGCGGCCGGCCGGGCCGGGAGCCGCUCGUCUUCCCCGGGCGCCGCAGCUGAGGACUCUUCUUAUUUCUGGAAUGUCUCAAAGGAGAAGAGUAUGGAACUGUAUAUCUAGAAAAGCAAUAUAGGACUUCCGGUAGCAGCCAGGCUCCGUCAUCUUGCCAUACUAUGGAGCCUUGUGCAUCGGAUGAAUUUUUUCAAGCACUCAACCAUGCAGAACAGACUUUUAAAAAGAUGGAAAAUUACCUGAGACACAAACAAUUGUGUGAUGUGGUAUUAGUUGCUGGCGACCGCCGAAUUCCUGCUCACAGGUUGGUGUUGUCCUCGGUCUCAGACUAUUUUGCAGCCAUGUUUACUAAUGAUGUAAGGGAGGCGAGACAAGAAGAAAUCAAAAUGGAAGGCGUGGAGCCAAACGCACUGUGGGCCUUGGUGCAAUAUGCCUAUACAGGUCAUCUUGAACUAAAAGAAGAUAAUAUUGAGUGCCUGUUAUCUACAGCUUGUAUUCUCCAGCUCUCUCAGGUUGUAGAAGCUUGCUGUAAAUUCUUAAUGAAGCAGCUUCAUCCAUCAAAUUGCCUUGGUAUCCGCUCCUUUGCUGAUGCACAGGGCUGCACAGAUUUGCAUAAAGUGGCUCACAAUUACACCAUGGAACAUUUCAUGGAGGUAAUUAGAAAUCAAGAAUUUUUAUUGUUGCCUGCCACAGAAAUUGCAAAGCUUUUAGCAAGUGAUGACAUGAAUACGCCAAAUGAAGAGACCGUUCUGAAUGCGUUGCUUACGUGGGUACGACACGAUUUGGAACCAAGAAGGAAGGAGCUCAGUAAACUCUUGGCCUAUAUAAGACUGCCACUGCUUGCACCACAGUUUUUGGCGGAUAUGGAAAAUAAUGCACUCUUUAGAGAUGACAUUGAAUGUCAGAAACUUAUUAUGGAAGCAAUGAAAUACCAUUUGCUGCCAGAGAGACGACCCAUGUUACAAAGUCCUCGUACGAAGCCAAGGAAGUCUACUGUGGGUGUAGUGUUUGCAGUAGGCGGCAUGGAUGCAACUAAAGGAGCAACAAGCAUUGAAAAAUAUGAUCUCCGUACCAAUAUGUGGACUCCUGUAGCAAAUAUGAAUGGGAGAAGAUUACAGUUUGGAGUAGCAGUAUUGGAUGAUAAAUUGUAUGUUGUCGGUGGUAGAGAUGGACUGAAAACAUUGAAUACUGUGGAGUGUUACAACCCCAAAACAAAAACUUGGAGUGUAAUGCCUCCUAUGUCUACUCACCGGCAUGGACUUGGGGUGGCUGUAUUGGAAGGUCCUAUGUAUGCCGUGGGAGGACACGAUGGCUGGAGCUACCUGAAUACCGUGGAAAGGUGGGAUCCUCAGGCACGCCAGUGGAACUUUGUGGCCAGUAUGUCAACUCCAAGGAGUACUGUAGGUGUGGCAGUACUAAGUGGAAAAUUAUAUGCGGUUGGUGGUCGUGAUGGCAGCUCUUGCCUUAAAUCAGUGGAGUGUUUUGAUCCGCAUACUAACAAGUGGACACUUUGUGCUCAAAUGUCAAAACGAAGAGGGGGUGUUGGAGUGACCACCUGGAAUGGGUUCCUCUAUGCUAUUGGAGGCCACGAUGCACCAGCUUCACUGACUUCCCGGCUUUCUGAUUGUGUGGAGAGGUAUGACCCCAAAACAGACAUGUGGACUGCUGUGGCUUCCAUGAGCAUUGGCAGAGAUGCUGUGGGAGUCUGUCUGCUUGGAGACAAAUUAUAUGCAGUCGGAGGAUAUGACGGACAAACAUACCUUAAUACAGUGGAGUCGUAUGACCCCCAGACAAAUGAGUGGACGCAGGUUGCACCACUGUGCCUAGGAAGAGCAGGGGCUUGCGUCGUGACCGUGAAGCUCUAGUGGCCAAGAUAUCCUUCUCUUCUAUAGCAUCUCUGGGGGGUUUGUCCCAGAUUAUUAAAUUAUAAUCAAAUAAGGUACUGGGUAUCUUCACAGGGCAAAGAGUUUGGUCUUAAUUUGUUAGCUAAAGCUUUUUUUAAACAAAAAGAAAUGGACCAACAUUAUGCACAUUUUUUAAAAGAAGAGUAAUGCAGGUUAUGCACAUUUACUUGUAAUAGAAUAGACUGCAGCCAGCUGGAUUGCUGGAAAAGACAUCUUCUGCUUGAAACACUGAACAAAAUAAGCGGCUGUUGGAGCUGAUGGCUCCGAGUUCAGGAGCUUCCGGAAGGAAGGAGUUUUUUGUUUUUGUUUUUUAGAAGCAUGAAUGAGCACCGGGCCAUUUAUUUCAUUCCCAUAAAGUAAGGUUUUGAUAGUUUUCGGAUGCAGGUGUUGACCUUUCUUUGCUGAAAAUGUUUUUGUCAUGGUUUGAACAAAGAGAAACAAAUGCAAAUUAAGUCGAAGAAAUUACUUGUAUGUUUUGCCUGGGAAGUCCUAGGCGGCGGAUGCCCGAACCCGAACCCUCGCCCCUGCGGCUUGGCCAAAGCCUUGCCUCUGUCACUGUCUUGGUGCGUUGAAGAAAACCUGCCGCUGGGUAUUUUUUUCAACAGCUUUGCAGCAUCCAGUACCUUGACCGUAUUUUGUAAUACUUUAUGUACUUUUCAGUACACUCUAAACAUUUAUAUAUAGUUUCAUCUUUUUCUGAACCUGAUUGCAUCUUAACUAUGUAAUUUUCCUCCGAAAAAAACAAGCUGAGGGAGAGAGGCAGGAGAAGAUCGGAAAUGUUAUUGGAAGUGACUUUCAUGGAUGGUUUCUGAAGCAUUCCAUGAUCCGGAAUUCCAUGUCGCUCACCUUAACCGUAUGGGGAAGAGGAGGUUGUGCAAAUCCAAGUACCUUUUUAUGAAGUGAAGACUCCUUGUAGUAUUUUCUAGUAAGCGUUACUUUGAGGAGUGUGGGCAUUAAGUUGCAAGUGGGGUAUCCUUUUCGGAUGUUCAGCACUUCUCUCCCCCCCCACCCCACGAGACCAGUAUUUUCAAGGAGUGAUUAACUUAUUUACAGCGAAAUCCUAAGCAGGGUUAUUCUAGUGCAAGCCCAUUGAAAUCAACGGGUUUAGACUGGUGUAACUCUGCUUAGGAUUUCACUGUUAAUAUUGUAAUAGAUUUCCUUUAGAAUUUGCCUUACUGUGUUGACGGCUUACGCUACUCAGAAUGACUUGGGCUCCAAGUGUUCUCUGAAACUUUUAUAUUUUUCUUUUGUGCCUUGUUUCCAAAGAUGUCAUGUGACACAUUAUUGUACUUUUAUCUUGAAAAAUCUGAAGCUGUAAGCUCAAGGAACACUUUUUGAAAGUAAACAUGUCUCAUUCCUAAAGUCUUUGCACAUUUGUAACUUUUAAAAUACACUGUUGAAGUUCACAAUUACUU